CCAAUAAACUCCGCGGCGAAAAACCCAACACAACACAGUCGCCCGCAAAGCCGCACCGACCAGUACGUACAUAGACGCCAAAAGCGACACGCCUCCACCGCCCCCGCUUCGGCCCUCCCUCCCAUAUCACCUCCCGCGUCCCUAGCCAGAGCCCACAACCGGCCAAAGUUCACCGGCGAUGGUGUCGUCGGCGCUGGACGCGAUGGCGGGCACGGCGUGGGGCCGGUGGCUGGGCCUCGUCGCGGCGGUGUGGGUGCAGUGCGUCUCCGGGAACAACUACACCUUCUCCAACUACUCGGACUCCAUCAAGACGCUCAUGGGCCUCACCCAGCUGCAGCUCAACGGCCUCUCCGUCGCCAAGGACGUCGGCAAGGCCUUCGGCCUCCUCGCCGGCCUCGCCUCCGACCGCGUCCCCACCUGGCUCCUCCUCGCCAUCGGCUCCCUCGAGGGCUUCCUCGGCUACGGCGCGCAGUGGCUCGUCGUCUCCCGCACCGUCGCGCCGCUGCCCUACUGGCAGAUGUGCGUCUGCCUCUGCCUCGGCGGCAACAGCACCACCUGGAUGAACACCGCCGUCCUCGUCACCUGCAUCCGCAACUUCCGCGGCAGCCGCGGGCCCGUCUCCGGCGUGCUCAAGGGCUUCGUCGGCCUCAGCACCGCCAUCUUCACCGACCUCUGCUCCGCGCUCUUCGCCGACGACCCGGCCUCCUUCCUCGUCAUGCUCGCCGUCGUCCCCGCCGCCGUCUGCGCCCUCGCCAUGGUCUUCCUCCGCGAGGGCCGCGUUGCGUCGGACGCCAGCGAUGAGGCCGACGCGCGUGGGUUCGCCGCCAUCAGCACCCUCGCCGUCGCCAUCGCGCUCUACCUCCUCGCCGCCGACCUCACCGGCCUCGGCGGGAACGGCGGGGUCGUCUCCACCGUCUUCGUCACCGUCCUCUUCAUCCUCCUCGCCGCCCCCGUCGCCGUCCCCGCGCACGUGGCCUGGACGUCCUGGAUGAAGACCCGCAAGGCGGCCAACGCCGACGCCGAGAACACGGUCCUGGAUGACUCAACCACCACAACCCCGCUCCUGCUCGCGUCCAAGCCGGCGGCGGAGGCGCGCGGGCCCGGCGAGCGCCCGCGGCUCGGCGAGGAGCACACCAUCGCGGAGGCGCUCUCCGCGCUCGACUUCUGGCUGCUCUUCUCCUCCUUCCUCAUGGGCGUCGGCACGGGGCUGGCCGUCAUGAACAACCUCGGCCAGAUGGGCGUCGCCAUGGGCUACGCCGACGUAUCGCUCUUCGUCUCCAUGACCAGCAUCUGGGGAUUCUUCGGCCGCAUCGCCUCCGGCACCAUCUCCGAGCACUUCAUCAAGACGAGAGCACUGCCGCGCCCGGUGUGGAACGCGGCGUCGCAGGUGCUGAUGUGCGCGGGGUACGUCUUCAUGGCAUUCGGCAUGCCGGGCUCCCUCUUCAUCGGCUCCGUGGUCGUCGGCGUCUGCUACGGCGUGCGCCUCGCCGUCACCGUGCCGACAGCUUCCGAGCUGUUCGGGCUCAAGUACUACGGCCUCAUCUACAACAUCCUCAUCCUCAACCUGCCGCUCGGCUCCUUCCUCUUCUCCGGCCUCCUCGCGGGCCUCCUCUACGACGCGCAGGCCACCGCCACGCCCGGCGGCGGCAACACCUGCGUUGGCGCGCACUGCUACCGCGGCGUCUUCUCCGUCAUGGCCGUCGCUUGCGUCAUUGGGUUCGUCCUCGACUUGAUCCUCAGUGUCAGGACCAAGCGGGUGUACGCGAAGAUCCACGAGGCCAAGAAGGCCAGCAGGUUGGCCGCAGCGCAGAGGGUCAGCUAGCCGCCGCUCUCAGCAGAUACAGCAUCUGUAAUGUGAUUAAAUUUUGCGCAGCAAUUAAGCCUUGAUUCUUUGGGCAAAUAUGGAUAGGUUGGUAUACAUCUGUUCAGUUGGAUAGAGUGAUUCUUUGAGCAUUGAUCGAUGCAAAGGACCAAUGUGCUGCAAAGGGGGAGUUCAUGAAGGCUGAUUGGAUGCAAGUGUUUUGUCAGCUGAAGUAGCAGUACUCCUGGCUGAGAUGGCUACAGAUUGUUUGGCUUUCACAUUCAGCUUAGUCUGUAUCCAUCUUGCAGAGGACUUGUGAACUUGUAAUGGUUGUGUUUUGUAUGAUAGGAGGCCCUAUCGGCAGACAUCAAUUCAAGUACAUUUCUUUCUCAA